GCCAGCCCUCCGCCCGCCUCCGCCGUCGGGGGUGUCCCCGCGGAGCAGAGCGGGUCCGCCCGGUGCUGCCGGUGCCGUCGGCUCCCGGUGGGAGCGGGGCUCAGACGCCGCGGGCACACGCCCCACGGCCCCGCGCCCGGAGCCCCGGCAGUUGCCGAGUCACCGCCGGGCGGGGCCGCCGCGGGCGGGGCGGGGCCGGGCGGGGCGAGCGCCGCAGCGGGACCAGUCGGCAGCGCCUGCAUCCCGGCCGCGAGCAUCCUCCGCACCGGGCCCCCGCACCCCGCGGCCCCGGCCUCGGCGGGGCCAUGGCCGAGAUCACCAGCGUCCACCCCGGCUUCGAUGUGUCCCCUGUGGUGGCAGGACUCAUUGGAGCCACUGUGCUGGUGGUUUCUGUCUCAGUCACAGUCUUUGUGUGGACAUGCUGUCACCAGCAAGCAGAAAAGAAGCACAAAACCCCCCCGUACAAAUUCAUUCACAUGCUGAAAGGCAUCAGCAUCUACCCGGAGACCUUGAGCAACAAGAAGAAAAUCAACCGGAUCCGGAGAGACAAGAGCGGCACGGCCAAGGAGGGGGGCAGGGGGAACCUCCUGGUGGAUGCUGCUGAGGCUGGCUUGGUGGGCCCCAACAAGGCUCCAGAUGGACCCCCCCAGGUCGAGCAGCUCCCCAUCAAAGUCGAUUAUGGAGAUGAACUCAGCCCAGAUCAAAGCCUCACUCCGGGAGGGAGUAAAACCUCCUCCCCCUCUUCGCCGGGCGACGAGGUCAUGCUGGGAGACCUGACGUUCUCAGUGGACUACAACUUCCCCAAAAAGGCGCUGGUGGUCACCAUCCAGGAGGCCCACGGGCUGCCCGUGAUGGACGAGCACACCCAGAGCUCUGACCCCUACAUCAAGAUGACAAUUCUGCCCGACAAGCGGCACCGCGUCAAGACCCGCGUGCUCCGCAAGACCCUGGAGCCCGUCUUUGAUGAGACCUUCACCUUCUAUGGGAUCCCCUACAGCCACCUCCAGGACCUGGUGCUGCACUUCCUCGUGCUCAGCUUCGACCGCUUCUCCCGGGAUGAUGUGAUUGGGGAGGUGAUGGUGCCCCUGGCAGGGGUGGAUCCGAGCACUGGGAAGGUCCAGCUGACCAGGGAGAUCCUCAAAAGGAACAUACAGAAGUGCAUCAGCAGAGGGGAGCUGCAGGUGUCCCUGUCCUACCAGCCCGUGGCACAGAGGAUGACCGUGGUGGUGCUGAAAGCCAGGCAUUUGCCAAAGAUGGACAUCACUGGCCUCUCAGGUAACCCCUACGUCAAGGUGAACGUUUACUACGGCCGCAAGCGCAUCGCCAAGAAGAAAACCCACGUCAAGAAGUGCACUUUGAACCCCGUCUUCAACGAGUCCUUCAUCUACGACAUCCCCGCCGAGCUGCUGCCCGACAUCAGCAUCGAGUUCCUGGUGAUCGACUUCGAGCGCACCACCAAGAACGAGGUGGUGGGGAGGCUGAUCCUGGGCGCCCACAGCGCCAGCGCCGCGGGCAGCGAGCACUGGCGCCAGGUCUGCGACAGCCCCAGCAAGGCCGUGGCCAAGUGGCACAGCCUGAGCGAGUACUAAAGCCAGGCUCACCCCUCUAGGACAGACUCAAACCUCGUUUUAGCUGUAGGACUAAAACGCCUCGAGUUGAGAAGCAGCAGCUGGUUGGUUCUCUUUAGUCGAUGUGGUUUUUGCAGGGCACUAAAAUUCUAAGGAGCAUUAAAAAAAAAAAAAUAAAUAAAAAAAAUGAAAUGGCGGGGAAUAAGUAAUAAGAAAGAAAGAAAUAAAAAAAAAAAGGUACCACGGAUAUAUAUAACAGUGUAAUCACGCUAUUGCAUGCCUACUACAAACUGAAAUUAGUAUAACUGCCAAUAUCAAGUUGCAGGUUUUAAUACAAUUAUCUGUCACUAUGGAA